AUGGUAUGUUAUUAUUUGAUAUAUUCAUUUAUCAAAAAUUUAUUGAAAAAUAAUUUUAAAGAUUGUAUCGUCCCAUCAGUAAUUGUUAAAAAUAUGUUACAAAAUGCUGGAUGGACUUCUCCAUAUACUCCUUAUCAACCAGAAAUAGCACAGGGACGCUUAGAAAGUCUUUUAAAUUUCCAGACUAUGAUAUCUGAUUUAACUGGUUUACCCUUUGCAAAUGCUUCACUGUUAGAUGAAAGUACUGCUUGUGCUGAGGCUAUUGCUUUAGCUGUUCGUGUAACUAAAAGGAGAACAAUCCUUUAUGACACUGGAUUACAUCCACAGAAUAUUGGUGUAAUGGCUACACGUUCAGAACCAAUGGAUAUUAAUUUUAAACCAUUGGAUAUUAAUGAAAGAAGUGUUAAUAACAAGUUUGGAGAUAAUAUUGCCGCAAUUAUUUUACAAUAUCCCAACACAGAAGGGUUAAUUUAUGAAGAUUUGGAUUUAUUAAUUCAAUAUGCACAUAAAGAAAAGAUUCUCGUUAUAAUGGUUUGCGAUUUACUUUCUCUUACACUUUUACGUUCUGCCGGAGAUUUGGGUGCAGAUAUUGCAGUAGGUAGUGCUCAACGGUUUGGACUUCCUCUUGGUUAUGGCGGGCCUCAUGCUGGUUUCAUGUCUGUUGCCAAUUUAGCUUUGGCUAGACAAAUGCCUGGAAGGAUUGUUGGAGUUUCUAGAGAUCAACAGGGAAAUAUUGCUUAUCGUCUAACUCUCCAAACUAGAGAACAGCAUAUCCGAAGAGAUAAAGCAACCUCCAAUAUUUGCACUGCUCAAGCACUUCCUGCUAAUAUUUCUGCAAUGUAUGCAAUCUAUCAUGGACCCAAUCGUUUAGUUUAUGUUGCCAAAAGGAUACAUAAAGCUACAUCAUUUCUUUCUCAAACCUUAAAAGCUAAUGGAAUUCAAGUUGUCCACAAAUGUUUUUUCGAUACAUUAAAAAUCCUUCCAUUAGAUAAGCAAUUAUUUAAUUUGAAAUGCGAGGAAAAAAGAAUAAAUGUUAGAAAUUAUAAAGAUGGUUAUAUUGGUAUUUCUUUGGAUGAAACAACUAAAAUUGGUGAUAUUUGUGAUAUUCUUUAUUUAUUUGGAAUUAAUAUUUGUGAGGUAAAUUUAAAAUUACUAUAA